GGCGGCGGCGGGCGGCUGCAGGCCGGUGAUUAACUGGUUUGCUAUCACGGCAAAAAAGCUUGCAAGCAUAGGUUUUAUCCCCAGGCAUCAUCUCUCUCGCCUCAUCGCCGUUGCUCGCAGAAGAAUGGCCGCAUCCACGGCGUCGUCUGUGGCGGCGCUUAUGAAGGCGAGGUUAUCCGAUUCCUCUUCGUCUUCCUCAUCCACUUCCGUGGCCGCAACCCGAUUCCUUCCGUUCUGCAAGCCCGGCCACCUUCAUUUCCGCCGUGGCUCCACAUCACGCCCAAGGACCGCCGCCGCCGCUUACAUAGUUUCAACUCCUUUCACUUCGAACUCCACCGCCGCUGCUGUAUGCUGCUAUUCAGCUCUUACUGACUCUGUGACCUCCGAAUCCUCUUCUGAGGUUAUUGACGGAAAAAAGGUUGCAAAAGAAAUCCGAGACGAAAUUAGUGCUGAAGUAUCUAGGAUGAAGGAUUCUAUUGGUGUUGUCCCUGGUCUGGCGGUCAUUCUGGUUGGGGACAGGAAGGAUUCUGCAACUUAUGUUCGCAACAAGAAAAAAGCAUGUGAAGGCGUGGGGAUCCAUUCAUUUGAGGUGUGUUUGCCUGAUGAUACAACGGAAGAGGAAGUGCUUAACCAUAUCUCCAGGUUCAAUGAUGAUCCCUCCGUUCAUGGUAUUCUUGUCCAGUUGCCUCUACCUGCGCAUAUGAAUGAGCAGAACAUAUUGAAUGCUGUUUGCCUUGAGAAGGAUGUUGAUGGAUUCCACCCACUAAACAUUGGGCGACUCGCCAUGCGGGGCAGGGAGCCGUUAUUUGUUCCAUGUACUCCGAAGGGAUGUAUUGAGCUGCUGCAUAGGUAUGGCGUUGAAAUCAAAGGGAAGAGAGCUGUUGUCAUUGGCAGGAGUAACAUUGUUGGAAUGCCCACUGCUCUUCUUCUCCAAAGGGAGGAUGCUACUGUCAGUAUUGUACAUUCUAGAACAAAGAAGCCCGAGGAAAUUAUAAAACAAGCAGAUAUCAUCAUUUCAGCUGCUGGGCAACCAAACAUGGUCAGGGGUAGCUGGAUCAAGCCUGGUGCAGUUAUCAUUGAUGUUGGCAUUAAUCCUGUUGAGGACACUACAAAUCCCCGUGGAUAUCGCCUAGUGGGGGAUGUUUGUUAUGAGGAAGCCAGAAAGGUUGCAUCGGCAAUAACUCCAGUUCCGGGAGGAGUUGGACCCAUGACUAUCGCAAUGCUUCUUUCCAACACCCUCACAUCGGCCAAACGGAUUCACAACUUCUCUUGAUUUUUGACUUUCAUUGUCUGCACCGGUUUUACUUCUAACGGUAAGUGCAAGUAAAAGUUCUUCAUUUGGGUAAAACUAAAAGUUCUUUGCUCAGUGAAGUAAUUAUUCAGGACUCAAAUGCAUAUGGGAAAUUUGAAAAACAUUUCCAUAUCUACGUUGGGAAAUUUGAGGACACUUUCAUUUCUUGUGCUAAUGUUUGGAAAUGGCCUCUUUACCCCGGGGUCAGGUCUACACAUAUGUGCUAUUAGACCUUACUUUUUUGGGGGGAUUUUAUUGAGUUUGAUUGUGCAAAUCUGUUUUGCACGAUAUGAUUCUUGUCAGUUUCUCUGUAAUCCCAAAUAGUUUUGUAAUAAUGUACAUGAUAUUUU